AUGGAAACUGAAGAUAGUUGCUCCCAUGUUGUUGAUGAACAAUUCUCCCAGUUAGAUAACUUAGUUGUGCCAAUUGUUAAUGAGCACUUAAAACCAAAAAUAGGAAUGACUUUCGACAAUUUAGAAGACGCUAAAAAAUUCUACAGAAAUUACGGAAAGACCGGAGGUUUUGAUAUCCGUAAUAGCACAACAAAUUAUGGGAAGGAUAGAGAGUUAAUUUGCAAAAGUUAUGUUUGUUCGAAAGAAGGAGUGUUAAAGAGCAAAUCGUUGGAUUUUCGACGAUGUGGUACAAUUAGAACAAAUUGUAAGGCCUUGAUUCGCUUGAAAUUAGACAAAAAAAUGGGCAUAUGGAGUGUCUACAAGUUCGUGGAAGAACAUAAUCAUACAUUUAUUUCACCGAGUAGAACACAUUUUCUAAGGGGAAACCGUGAGGUAACAAGUGCGAAGAAGACAUUGAUAAAGCAGUUUGGAGAGGUGAACAUUCCAACAAACAAGCAAAUGGCCUUCUUGGAAAACUCUAGCGGAGGUUUUCAUAGAAUUGGAUGCAUUGAGACCGAUGUGAGAAAUUAUGAAAGAGAUUUGAGAGAGGAGAGGCGCGGUCAUGAUGCACAAAUGAUGUUGGAUCAUUUCAAAUCGGAACAAGAGAAGAAUCCUUCAUUUUAUUAUGUUUAUGAAGUUGAUGAAGAGAAACGCUUAACUCAUUGUUUUUGGCUGGAUGGUAUUGCUAGAAUGAAUUAUCAAUACUUUGGCGAUGUUGUCUCCUUCGAUGCCACGCAUAACACAAAUCAAUAUGGCUUGGUAUUUGUGCCGUUUGUAGGCAUAAAUCACCAUUGGCAAAGUGUUUUUUUAGGAUGUGGCUUGAUCCCAAACGAAGAAGCGAAUUCUUUUGUAUGGUUGUUUAACAAAUGGAUUGAAGCAAUGGGUCAUCCUCCUUCGGGCAUGAUUACAGAUCAAUGUCUUGGUAUAUGCAAGGCAAUUGAAAUAGUUUUUCCAGAAAUUCGGCACAGGUUUUGCAUUUGGCAUAUCUUGGACAAAGUCCCGGAGAAGUUGGGUAAAUGGGCUUAUAGUACAGAAUUUAUGAAAUCUUUCAAAGAAAUUAUUUGGGACUCCGAGACUGCUAGCUCUUUUGAAGAGAAUUGGGUUUCAAUUCUUAAGAAAAAUGGAUUGGAAACGCAUGAUUGGCUAAAGGAUAUUUAUGCAAUUCGUGAAAAAUGGGCUCCGGUUUAUCAUAAACAAUACUUUUGGGCUGGAAUGUCUAGCAGUCAAAGAAGUGAAGGGAUGAAUGUAUUGCUAAAAAUGCAUGUAUCAAGGAAAAAUUCACUUCAUGAUUUUGUGAUCAUCUUUCAGAGGGUCUUGGGGAGACAAAGAGAGGGGGAGCUUAAAGAAGAUCAUUGCACAGUGGAGAAAAAACCAAAAUUGAAGACUUUGUGGUCAAUGAAAAAACAAAUGGCCCAAAUCUACACGAAAAAAAUCUUUUAUAUUUUUCAAGACGAGCUUCAACCUAGCUUAAUGUAUAACAUUGAGCUUGUAAAAGAAAAUGAAAGAGAAAGUACUUUCCAAUUGAAUUUUUGUGGUGAUGAUGAAAGAUUGAGAUAUAUUAUAUACUGCAAAACAACUAAAAUGGUCUGUUGUUCGUGUCUCAUGUUUGAAUUCAAGGGCAUUCCGUGCCGACAUAUCUUGGUAUAUCUUAAAAUUACCAAUCAUAGUGAGUUACCGGAGCAAUAUAUUCUAAGAAGAUGGUGCCGAAAUGUUAGAAAAAGAGUUGUUCUUAGAGAUGGUAAUAUUAUUGGAGAUAAUGCCACAAUUAAUUUUGCUUCUCGUUUUAGUGAACUAAAUUGCUUAGCUAAUGAAAUGGUCGAAGAGGGGCUAUCUUCUAAUGAUGUAUAUGAAUUAAUGCGUGAAAUGAUGAUGGAUGCUAUUAAUAAGGUGCAACGUUUGAAACUCGUCAAUGAUGAAGAAAUUGGACAAGAUGUGGAAGGACAUUAUAUGAAUGCGGAGUGUUCUGAAGAUAUAGUUCAUGAACCAAGUCAAGCAAGAACAAAAGGAAGGCCUAAAGGGAAGAGGUUAAAGCCAUCGAGGGAGAUCCGCAAAUGCCGGCCUAGGAAAUGCAAUUUGUGUGGAAUGCGAGGACAAAAUCAUGAUACAAGAAAUUGCCCUCUAAAGUUGUCAAGGUAG